CAUUCCCAAAUGAUUUGGGAAAAGAAAGAGGAACUUGUAAGGAAAACAUACUUGCACAUUUCGAGAAAAAAGAGGAAUAUACUAUUAGAAGAUGAUUUGGAGCUACAAAUCUUGUAUUAAAUAUUGGCAAUUAGGCUGUAGAUCAGUGCAGUAGUUGAAUUUGUUUAAAGAAAUAACCACUGUUUGAUCCAAGCUAAGAUCAUUCUUCAGGAAAAAUCAAGAAACAACCCCCCGCGCGCGCGCGACAGAGAUGUGGGAAUCAAUCUGCCUCACGGUAGCGGCCACCGCCGGUAACAACAUCGGAAAAGUCCUCCAGAAGAAGGGCACAAUCAUCCUCCCCCCUCUCUCAUUCAAGCUAAAGGUGAUAAGAGCAUAUGCUUUUAACAAAGUUUGGGUUAUAGGCUUCCUAAUGGAUAUUUUUGGAGCUCUCUUAAUGUUGCGAGCACUAUCUCUUGCCCCAGUUUCUGUCAUUCAGCCUGUUUCUGGCUGUGGGCUUGCCAUCCUUUCAAUCUUUUCACAUUUUUAUCUGAAGGAGAUUAUGAACACUAUUGAUUGGGUGGGAAUCACUUUGGCUGGCAUUGGCACUAUAGGUGUUGGUGCUGGAGGGGAGGAGCAGAGCGCUUCAUCAAUCUCCAUUUUCAAUUUACCAUGGCUGGCAUUUGCUGUUGCAUUCUUGUUUGUACUCCUUAAUGGUUGGCUUCGUAUCUAUAGACGCCAGCGAAGAGAACAAGAGUUGGUACAAUAUGAAGUGAUCGAGGAAAUAAUUUACGGCUUGGAGUCUGGCAUUUUGUUUGGGAUGUCAUCUGUUAUAUCGAAAAUUGGGUUUUUAUUUUUGGAGCAAGGCUUUUCGAAACUGCUGGUACCCCUUUGCAUCUCUAUCAGCAUAUGCUGUAGCGCUUCUGGGUUUGUGUAUCAGACACGUGGUUUGAAGCAUGGGAGAGCAAUUGUAGUGUCCACAUGUGCUGCGGUGGCAUCAAUUGUUACUGGUGUACUCGCUGGUAUGCUUGCUUUGGGAGAGCGCUUGCCUUCAGCGCCAAUGGCUCGUCUCUCACUUUUGCUCGGAUGGCUAUUCAUUGUGAUUGGUGUCAUUCUGCUGGUAACUUCAACGCGGGUUCUGCGUCUCCUUCCACGGCCAUUGAGGCGUAUUCUCAGAGGAGGCAGCGUCGACAGAAACCAGGGACUACGGCAAUCUAUUCAGGUGCGCACUAGAGAACCUAGUCCUACCGCUGUUAUCCAAGCCACGACGUUGCAUCACCUGAUAACAUCUCCAUCCAAAGAAAAAUCUUGAUCUGCUCACACUGACUAUUAUUGGCAAGGUUUUUAGUGAAAUACAAUAACCUGAAGCUGUUUUGUUGAAUCAGAUUCUCACAUUAUAUUCAAUGGUGUACAGUAAUACAUCACCACAUUGCAAGAGACAAGGUUUAGAAACUUUUUUUUUUUUCUUAAUAGGGAUGCAAUUCUUGACACAUUCAUUAAUUGUCACUGGAAAGACAAAAAGAAUGGUUCAUGUGAUUCAUAUGUUUGUUGGGUUGUAUUUGUAAUAUAGAUGAGCUGCAUUUUCAAUUUGUCCA